CAUAAAUCCGACAUAAUGGACCAUCAAACACCUGCCAACCAAACCCCCCCCACACCGAAAUCACCGUGCGUCCUGCCGCGAAAACCCGCGCGCGACCGGUCGCCACCGCGCGGGUCGCGCGGAGCCUGCGACGCCGGGCGGAGCCGCCCUGUGCGGGCCCUGCAUGAAGUUACAGGGCUGGCGAUCUGCAGGUGCCUGGGCCGGCGUUGUCCCGGUCUUUGGUGGCUCGGGCACCCAGUUGAGGUGUUCUGUGGAGUGGAAGAGAGUGACUCGGAGUUGUUGGGGAGGUUCGAGGAUGAGCGGAAAGAUGAAAGAUAUGACAAAUUAUGACAAUAUAUACUAAUACGCUGAAGUCGACAGGUGUUAUAAUGUUUUUAUGGUUUAUGUUGUUUUAAAUGAUGUUUUAUGCCUCACCACGCUCAAUUUUAGGGAUGAAGGAGACGUCGUUUUCAAAGCGCCGGUCCUGGCGCCAGGACGACUUUCCGGGGCUUCCGGAAGUCUCACGGAGAAAGGGCUCCACAGGUCCAUGAGCCCGGAUUCCAUAGGUCCGCUCUUUUUCAGAUUGGAGGGUAAGACGCAGUCAUGUGCCGUCUUAGACUGGCAUAUUGACCGACAAUUGGGGUGGUUUCACGGAUCAAUAGUAGUGAUUCCACUCAUCUCUACCCCCGGCCCAAGUGGCAGUUCACCUGCAAGACUCCUUCCCUUCCAAUGUGGGGGCAGAUGAGGCUGACGGAGCUGGGCAAACAGUGUUCGUUCCAUGUGUGCCCCAACUACCUCCGUUUCGACGAUGGUUGGGGUGGCUGUGAGGGGGUCCUAAUCACCUUCUGAGAAUAUGGUUGGAGACUCCUAGGGGUGGAUGUCCUCUUUUUGUUCUGGCCAUGGAUUUGUGCAUGGCCUCCCCAGCCCCCCCUCUGGUGCCUUCCGAGUCUUAAGGACUUUUGGUGUCAAUCCAAGGCCUUCACCGCGUCCACCAGUUGGAUGAACUGCCGACCGCAAGUCUUGCUUUCGGAAUGGUUCGACUCCAAUCGCUUGUUGGACCUCUUUGGUUCGGCCUCGCUACGCACGGCGUAUGAUUGCGCCCCACGGCGGUAUCGAGCGCAAUUUCUUUGCGCGCUCAAUCGUACCACUAUGGCAGAAGCCAAGAGGAACAACGAUUGCGUGCGCGGAAAUUGGCAUCCAGUGAUGAUGCAAUACCCGGAGAUUGCGCUGUGGCGCGACCUCCGGGACAAGAUCAAGCUCCGCGUUUGGACGCCGGAGCCCGUCGAGGAGAAAACCAAGCGGCGAGGCAGCAUGUGGGAUGACGAGGAGGGCAAGCGCACCUCGAACUGGGCCACGACUUGGCGUGAGAGGAUUCGGAAGGUUUUGCCGCGUGGCAUCGAUGGCUUCGUCAACGCCGGUGAUAAAGAGGUCCGGCUUAUGGUUUCGGCCUUGUGGCAGGAUAUCUCGGACUGGGUGCAGACCGAGGAGCAAGGGCCUCGCUUCCUGAGCCUCUUUACGGCGGAGCCUCCACAGGCGCCAGAUGGCACCGAGGCUCCUCAAGUGGAUCAAUGGGCCUUCAUUCCAGCGUCGGAUCUCCUCUUAGUCGUCGGGGAGGGCAUCGUGGGGAUCAGCGCGGAGGGCUUCGGUGCCGCGGACGCGAAGCCCGGCCACGAAAGGAUGAGCUUCGACGAGGCGAUGGCUGGAAAGAAAGAGAAGGUGAAGGAGGUGGAGAAUGAUGAGAAGGAGAAGAAGAAAAGCAAGGACAAGGACAGAAGUAAAUCAAGAGAUGAUAAAAAGAAAGAUAAGGAUGGCAAGCCCACAAAUGAUCCAGACUUCAACUGGGAGAAGGUGUGGCGCGAGCGAGUGCAAAUUAGCAAGCAACGGCCGCGGCGUUCGCCGCCGCCCGAAACACGGUCCGACAACCGGCGUUCCCGCUCGCGGCGGCGUGGACGCUCGCGCUCGAACCGGAGAUCCAGGUCGCGCGAGAGGCGCGACAGGCGGCGGCGCCCCGUGUCGGGGUCUCGAUCCUUCUCUCGGUGACCGGGACGGAGGUGGCUUCGCAGAUCAUCUUCGUGCAGCUGAGGGGCGAAAGGAAGUGAAGGUGGACCGUGGAUGAAUGUAAUUUCAC